ACUCCCCGUCUCUCCUCUCUCCUCCAGGUCUUACUAAACCGCUCUGCCUCCCUGCUUGUGCAGCCCUGCCAUCCAGGCUGGUGUGUGUCUCGUCUCCUGUCCUUGGACUCCUCCUCAGACCUCCAGGACAUCCCUGUGUUCCUCCAGUCGGGGAUUGCAGCAGACAGGCGUAUUCCCUGGGACUUGGCUCCUCCCCUGGGCCUCCAGGGCUGUGACGAGAGCGUGGCUCGGGCCCUGGCCUCUCUAACUCAUCCAGGCCUGCCCCCAUCCCUGGAGGGGAGAGGUAGGGGUGGGGGCUGUAGGAGGUGUGUGGUGGUGGGCAGUGGAGGGGUGCUACAUGGCAGCCACCUGGGAUCCCAUAUUGACCAGUAUGAUGUCAUCAUCAGGAUGAACAACGCCCCAGUGUCAGGUUUUGAGAGGGACGCAGGCUCCAGGACCACUGUCCGUCUGAUGUACCCAGAGGGAGCUCCCCUUUCCCCCAACGAGUACAGACACACCUCCCUGGUUACCCUGGUGGUCUACAAGUGCCUGGACCUGGACUGGCUCACGUCUGUCAUCACCAAACAGCCUCUGAGCUGGUGGUCCAAGCUGUGGUUCUGGAGAGACGUAGUGGAGAACAUUCCUCUGAAGCCGGAGAACAUCCAGAUACUCAACCCAGAGAUCAUGCACAAGACAGGCCUAGCACUGCAAAGAUACACACAGCAACAGAGGAAGGUGGUUCCUACGUUAGGUGCCAGUGCGGUGGUGAUGGCCCUACAGCUGUGUGAUGAGGUGAGCCUGGCAGGGUUUGGUUAUGACCUGCAGCAUCCCGGUGCCAGACUACACUACUAUGAGAGUCUAUGUAUGGACGCCAUCAAGGCCCAGGUGGUACAUGAUGUGAGCGCUGAGAAACUCUUCCUCAGAGACCUAGUGGCUGCAGGUGUCUUGACUGACCUCACAGGGGCGCUGUGACAGAGAGACAGUACCAGGGGUGGACACAGUUCUAGCAGUUGUGGUUGGAGGUUUCCACCUUGCCGGCACGGGGAUUCAAACCAGCGACCUUUUUUAACAACCCCUGGUUCCUUCUCCUACCAUGAUGAUUCAACCAAUCAAUGCUUAGUUGAAAAAUGUACUAUUAUUAUUUACUAUAUUAUGCACUAUAAAAAUGUAUGCACCCAUUACUAUAAAUCGCUUUGGAUUAAAGUGUCUGCUAAAUGUCAUAUGUCAUUAUUAUAUAUGAAAUGUUCAAAGCAGC